AUGACUGGUGAAGCGUGGUUAUACCUGUUGGCGGUGUUGAUAAAUGCCGUCAACCUCUUCCUUCAGGUGUUCUUCACUAUCAUGUACAGCGACUUGGAAUGCGACUACAUCAACCCCAUCGAUCUUUGCAACCGUCUCAACACCUACAUUAUCCCCGAAGCCGCUGUCCACGCAUUCCUGACCUUCCUGUUCCUCAUUAAUGGGUACUGGAUUGCGCUCAUCUUGAACCUACCGCUGUUGGCUUGGAACGGCAAGAAGAUUUUCGAGAACCAGCAUCUCCUAGACGCAACGGAGAUCUUCAGGAAACUCAAUGUGCACAAGAAGGAAUCCUUCAUCAAGCUGGGCUUCCACCUGCUCAUGUUCUUCUUCUACCUCUACAGCAUGAUCGUUGCUCUUAUCCGCGACGAGUCUCACUAG